GAUCGCUGACCGAAGAUGCCUCUAAAGUCAAAUGUCACAACACGGCCUUGCCGUACGAGAAGACUCAGUAUAAAUAGUCAGCAUCUUCAACAGUUCAUCGUUCUCGCUCUCUUCGUGGCCGUCGCCAUUGCCGCUCCUGCCACCCCUGAUGGCGAUGCUCAAAUCGUCAAGUACGAAAGCGACAACAUUGGAGUCGAUGGCUUCUCAUAUGCUGUUGAGACCAGCAACGGCAUUUCUCAGAGUGAAAGCGGAGUGGUGAAGAACCCAGGAACUGAAGGCGAGGCGAUCGAAGUUCGUGGCGAGUACUCUUACCCCGGUCCAGACGGCGUUAUCUACCGCGUGAGAUACAUCGCCAACGAGUUAGGUUUCCAACCUGAAGGCGAUCACUUACCCAAAGAUCAUUAAAUCACCUUUAAUAAUCCAUACAUCUAGUCCAAAAUACUCGUCCUCUAACCUCUCCCCACUUUCCUCGUUAAGAAUCAAUCGUUCAAGCGAUUCUGUGAUAUGAUUCCGAUUUUGUAUAUUUGUUAAUAAACAAUUACGUUUUAAUUUA